GCACUGUGGGUAAUUGCUGUAAUUCAAUUCACCUGAUGGGCGUGGACAUAAAGAAGCUGCUGGCACAAGGUGGUUGUUCACGUCUCACAGCUGCUGAAGAAGAAGAGGUCGCUGCACAUGUGACGCUCACUGAAGAUAUUGUGUCAUGUGGAAUCAAGCCAAAGUUUGCAGUCAGUCCUCUGCGAGGAAAUCCGGCCACAAAGCAUGGAAAUCAAAGGUGUGUCUGUCUUUAAUCUGCAGUAAAAUACUGUGUGAGGAUCUGUGCUCGUACGCUGAGGUCAGAUUCAUUUAUUCCCUCUCUGUGAUUUCCCCACAGAAAGCAACUCUUCAGAUUUUGCCCUGCACAGUGUCUCAGCUUCUGUCCGCUCCUCCAGUCAGCAGUGAUGCCUUUGCGAUCUACGACUGGGAACUCAACCAGGUGUCUGUUGUGGGUGUGGUCAGAGCGCUGUCUCACUUCGUGACCAACGUCCAGUACGCCGUGGACGACAUGACGGGUCCACGUUUAAACGUGAAGCAGUGGGUCAAUGAAGAGGACGACGCAGUGAUGCCGUUCGCUUCUCCUGGAACAUAUGUGAAGGUCAUAGGAAAUCUACACAGUUUCAGUGGUCAAAGGUCAUUGCUGGCAAUGGAUAUCCGUUGCAUCGACGACCCGAAUGAGAUCACGUCCCACAUGUUGGAAGUGGUACAAGCCCAUAUGGAGCAUUUCGGAAAGGUGUUCGACGUGAACAUGAACACCGCUCUUGCCUCGAUGUCCGGACAGUGCAGCGCUGGACCUCCUGCAGGCGGCAUCUCACCGCAUGGUUUAUCCACCGUCCGUGAUCAGGUGUUGCAGGUAAUCAGGAAGUUCUCUCACCGUGAUGUUGGCAUCAGUCUCGAUGACCUGAGGACACAGCUGGACUACCUCAGUAUGGGGGACAUCAGAUCCUCUCUGGCUUUUCUUCUAAACGAAGGUCACGUCUUCUCCACCAUCGACGAGCAGCAUUAUAAGUCAGCAGAACCGUACACCAUUGAGCUUUUCCUUGAACGCAACCCUCCGGUCAAACUGUCAAACUUUAAAUCAAACUGGGAGAGCCUGGCCGUGUCCCAAACCAGGGGUCGCAUCCUUUCGGAGGACGCGCUGUACGAAGCUGCUAUAGACCACGACGGCACAAACCGAAAUGUGACAAUCCGGCGGAGUGACCUGAUGGAGUUCAACACCGCCCACGACAAGCACAUCUCCACCCUAACCACAAAGGAGGGAAACAUGGACAUCCAGAGGCCCAGACGACGGAGGAGGAGGAGGAGGAGGAGGAGUUCCUCUUCGUCACAAUGUUCAGUCUACUGGUUGUUAUUGUUCCUCAGAGCCGGCGACAGGAACUUCUUCAAACUUUGCAUCAACGUCCACUUUCACCUCAAGGACGAACCGAUUAGACCGGCAGCAGCAGAGGGAACCCGGUUGAUUCGGUGUCCCCCUUCACCUGCCCGGGGGGAGCUGUACCUGCCUCACCUGAGCGGGAUCUUCUCCACCUCCCAUCGCGUGAAAACAUGA